CCAUAUAUGCAUUCCUCAUCAAACUUAACACCUCCAUAGAGAUUUUUUUUAUAACUCUCUUGAUGGCUGAUAAUGUCCAAGUAGUACCCAUUGAAGAACCAGCCUCGACCGCAACCGCCACAGCCACCGCAACAACCAAUGAGCCAGACACCAAAAGCUCCGAUCAAAUGGAGUCACAAAGCGACAAGCCACCCGUUGGAAUGUUGGUCACAAUCGUAAACCUUUGCGCCAUAGGUGUUCUUCCCAUCUUCACCUUCUUUCUUUCUCUCACACUCCUUGGCUACGCUGUGUGGCUCCUCUACAUGCGCAGCUACGAAUGCGAAGACAUCCUCGGUCUCCCACGUGUCCAGACGCUCGCUAGCGUCGGCCUCCUUGCCGUGUUCGUCGUCAGCAACGCGGCUCUCUUUCUCCGAAGGAAGUUUCCUAUGCCCGCACUCGUGGUGAUGGUGGUGAUUCUUUUGCUGAUGAUGUUCAUGGGUUUGGCGUACGCAGGAGUCAAUGAGAUGCAGAGCAGGCGGUUUCCGGCUACUGCGAGGUGGUUUAAGCUCAAAGUGAUGGAUGAUGUUAAUUGGAACAAUAUCAAAUCGUGUGUCUACGAUAAAGGAGCUUGCAACGAGCUUUUUUACCAAUAUCCUAAAGAGAAACCUUACAAUAGAAGAAAAAUGCCACCAAUAAAGAAUGGAUGUUGUAUGCCGCCGGAGACAUGUAACAUGGAUGCUUUAAAUGCGACGUUUUGGUAUAGAAGAAAAGACGAGGGCCCACCGUUGGAGACUGAGGUGCUGUAUGGUGGGAUGGGCGGAAUACUAAGCGACUGUGAGUUAUGGAGGAACGAUUGGAGCAUAAUGUGCUAUGAUUGUAGAUCUUGCAAGUUUGGAUUCAUUAGAUCUCUAAGAAGGAAAUGGUGGCAGCUUGGUGUCUUUUUGGUUGUCAUCUCUAUUCUUCUUCUCAUCUCUCACCUCUUGAUCUUCUUGGCCACCUUUUGGGAAAGAUUCAAGGGUCAAUAAUCAUCAUGGAGGUGGAGAUUUCUAUGUGGUAAAAUAAUUCAUUUGUUCUGUAUUCAUUUUAGUACUCAAGCAGGUGUUCCUUCAAGCAGAUCUUUAGCUCUUCAUCCUUUCUCUCUGUCUCUUUCUCUUUGUUCGGUUUAGUGUAAAGAAUGUGUUUGAAAUAAAGUACAAACAAUUGGUUUGAUUCAGAACUCAAAAAGAAGUUCUUGAGUCCAUUGCUGAA